AUGCUAAUCACCAUUUUACUCUCUUUUAUUUUCGGAAUAAUUGCUGGUCUGCUAUUGACUGUCGGCUCGUUACUUUACCUCGUCAAAGCCAAAUGUCCCCAGUGUAAAAAAUUGAAACCUUUUCGAGAAAUAGCGGUCAUUGAUCCGAACAUCCGAGCCAUCAGCGUCUCAAAUAACUCUCUAAACAUGAAUAAAGAACUUCAAAUUAAAACCACCAUCACUGACAUAGAAACUAAAUCUGAUAAAAAUUUCAACCCUUACUUCCGCCUCAGUUUAUCUGGCUUAUCGGGCCGCUAUUUUUACGCAUUCAGUUUCAAUCUAUCCGAUUCCACUAUCUCCACUUUAACCAACGCCCCUUAUAAUUUUAUCAACCGCUCCGUUCUUAUCACUUACGAGGAAUUACCCAACAAAAAUAGCCAAGGCACUUUUUCCAGCGUUAAGGACAUUCAACUAAUCAAUUAA